CGCACUCUUGUUUCGGCUUCCUCAUUGCAUUUUCUUAAAAAUUUUAUUUACCAUUACCAAUUACAAACCAUGUUCAUUCAUUGAUUCACCGGAUUUACUAUGCAGUCAUUCCUCACCACCACCAUUGUCGCCGCCUAGGUGCUACCGUCCCCUCCAAAGUCCGUCGCUGACUUAAUGGGUUGUGUUCAGUCGAAAACCAACUCCCCAAGUCAUGACCUUCAAGUCCUUGACAAGUUGAAACGGGACAAUGGCUAUGUCAAGGGGAGCAUCGGAGGAAAACCCGCUACCCUAAAACACUCAAGGAAGGAUGUUAAGGCGGCAUUCAAUGGUGAGGAUAAGACUGCUGAUGGUGGAGGAGGAGGUUUGGUUGUUAGAGAGACAGAGAAAGCUAAGAAUGGAGGGAACUUUUCGGGAAGGAUGAUGUUGAAGAAGAUUGGAGGAGAUGAUGAUGAUAUUGUGGAUGGCUGGCCGAAGUGGCUGGCUGAGAACUUGCCUCGAGAUAUCUUGGUUGGUUUUGUUCCAAAGACUGCCGACUCCUACGAUAAACUUGCUAAGAUAGGGCAGGGAACCUACAGCAAUGUGUACAAAGCUCGUGACAGGGACACCAAAAAGAUUGUUGCUUUGAAAAAAGUCCGCUUCGACACAUCAGAGCCAGAGAGUAUCAAGUUCAUGGCAAGGGAGAUAACGAUGCUACAGAAGCUAGAUCAUCCCAAUAUCAUCAAGCUUGAAGGGAUAGCAACAUCAAGAAUGCAGUAUAGUCUAUAUCUCGUAUUUGAUUUCAUGCUGUCCGACUUGACCAGAGUAAUCUCACGUCCUGGACAGAGGCUCACUGAACCCCAGGUCAAGUGCUAUAUGCAGCAGCUUCUUGCUGGUCUCCAGCACUGCCAUGAAAACGGGAUUUUACAUCGAGACAUUAAAGCUUCAAACUUGCUAAUAGACAGAAAUGGGAUGCUGAAAAUUGCAGAUUUUGGGCUUGCAAACUUUUUUCCUCCAAAGAAACGUCCUCUUACAAGCCGAGUAGUGACACUCUGGUACAGAGCGCCAGAGCUCUUGUUAGGUUCUACAGAUUAUGGAGUUGGUAUUGAUCUUUGGAGUGCAGGAUGCCUAUUGGCAGAAAUGUUUCUUGGGAGGCCAGUUAUGCCUGGGAGAACCGAGGUUGAGCAACUUCAUAGGAUCUUCAAGCUUUGUGGUUCACCCGGAGAGGAUUACUGGAAGAAAAUGAAGUUACCAACAAGCUUCCGACCACCACAACAUUACAAACCUAGUUUUGAAGAGCUCUUCAGGGACUUCUCAACAUCAUCAUUUGAUCUCUUAACAACACUUCUUGCUCUGGACCCGGCAUCUCGUGGCAAUGCUGCUUCCGCUUUCCAAAGUCAAUUUUUUAGUUCAAGUCCGUCGGCAUGUGACCUUUCAGCUCUACCAGUAAUGUAUAAAGAGGAGGACGAACGAACUCACACCAAGGACCAGAAGAAGUUCCGAUGUCCCAUUGAUAUUAUGGUGCACUAUGUUCAUAGUAAAAUGUUUUUCUGUAAUGGAGAAAUUGCAGAAAUGGAACCCUCACAACAAUGA